GUAUUAGAGGGCAAAUUAUGCUUAUGCAUCCAUUACCAACUGUUAAGAAGGCUUAUGCAUUCUUAUGUGAGGAAGAAAAGCAAAGAGGAUUAGCAGAAUCCAAGGUUGUUGAACAAGUUCAUGCCAUCAAUUUCAAGUCAACAUCUAAUUACAAACAAUUUGAUUCAAAGUAUAAAGGGACCAAGAAAAACCUUCAUUGCACUUAUUGUGAUGGCAAUACACAUACAAUAGAUAGAUGCUUCUAUUUGAAUGGAUUUCCAGUUGGUCACAAACUCCAUGGCAAGGAUAUCAAACCUCCUAAUAGAACUCAACGUGGUUCUGCAAAUCAAGUAGGAGUUGAUGCACCAACUAUUGAUCAAACUCUUCAAUUCACUCCGGAAGAGCUGUCACAAAUCAAAGCAUUUUUUCGAAAUGAAAAAUCAAAUGUCUCUGUUAAUUGCACAGGACCUCACUACGAAGAGGAUGAUUGGCCUGGGGAAACUGAGUAAGGGGCUGUACUAUCUUGUACCACAAUCGGAGUCACAAUCUCAUCUAUCUCCAUCGCAUUCACCAGUUUCGUAUCAGGUCACCCUUUCAUCUACUGCUACUUGGCAUAAAAGAUUAGGCCAUCCAUCAAAAUUACUUUCUCAAUUUUUAU